AACUCUUCAGUGUUGAGAAGGUAAAAUAUGAAAUGGUGGCCGUUUGCAAUGGCUUCGAAAAUAGCCAACUUGAAUUACUGUGGGAUUUACACCUUGUAAAGAGUUGAAAAAAAAAGAUGCACAGAUUUGGCAAGACAUUGCGUAGAUUGGCCAAGUAUGGAAUUGUCCUAGGAGGCGGAACAUGUAUUUUGGCUUGGGCCUCAAUACCAAGUCCUCAGGUUCCUAAUGUAGUUGCAGUGGAUGACCAGAUGAAUUAUGCAUGGUCCCCCCUCCCUACCAGACAGAACAUGAUUAACUCACUAAAAAAUGAUGAGUUUGAUGUUUUAGUCAUCGGGGGAGGAGCCACAGGAUGUGGGGUGGCUCUAGAUGCAGUCAGCAGAGGAUUGAAGACAGGCUUGGUGGAGAAGUUUGACUUUUCCUCAGGAACUAGCAGUCGAAGCACAAAACUAAUCCAUGGAGGGGUCCGAUAUCUACAGAAAGCUGUCUUUGGGCUAGAUAUAGAACAGUAUCGCAUGGUCAAAGAGGCACUUACUGAGAGGGCUAACUUGAUUCAGAUUGCACCUCAUCUGGCUUACCCAUUUCCUAUCAUGCUGCCCAUAUACAAAUUAUGGCAGGUUCCUUAUUUUUGGUCAGGAAUCAAAGCUUAUGAUGUGCUAGCAGGUAAACAACUCCUCAAACCAAGUUAUUAUUUAUCUAAACGGAAAGCACUGGAACUCUUCCCCAUGUUAAAGAGAGAAAAGCUGGUGGGAGCACUCGUAUAUUACGAUGGUCAGCACGAUGAUGCACGGAUGAAUAUUUCCAUUGCUAUCAGUGCAGCACGAAUGGGAGGCACCAUUACAAACUACACCGAGGUAGUAAAACUCUAUAAAAAGACGGAUGAGAAUGGAAAGGAGGUAUUAUGUGGGGCCAGAAUCAAGGACAGACAAACAGAUCAGGAGUUUGAUGUGAAGGCAAAGUGCAUAAUAAAUGCUGCCGGACCCUAUACAGACAACAUAAGAUUAAUGGAUAAUAAUGAAGAGAAGAAGAUCUGUCAGCCCAGUCAGGGUGUACACAUAGUGCUACCUGAUUAUUACAGCCCGGACAAGAUGGGAUUACUGGAUCCCUCCACUAGUGAUGGUAGAAUCAUUUUCUUCUUGCCAUGGCAGAAACACACAUUAGCGGGAACAACUGAUUCCUCCUGUGAGAUCACAGACUACCCUACUCCCACAGAGAAAGAAAUCCAGUUUAUCCUAAAUGAGGUCAAAAACUAUCUUCAUCCUGAUGUGGAGGUUCGUCGUGGUGAUGUACUGUCAGCCUGGUGUGGAAUCCGUCCACUGGUGUCAGACCCAAACAAGAAAGAUACUCAGUCAGUGGCCAGGAACCACAUCAUUGAAGUGGCCCAGGACCACCUGAUUACCAUAGCAGGAGGGAAAUGGACGACCUACCGACACAUGGCCGAGGAGACAGUAGACAAAGCUGUGGAGAUCUGUAAGUUAGAGCAUGCCAAGCCAUGUCAGACCAAAGGGCUACUACUGGAUGGAGCUCAUGGCUGGACCCCCACUCUAUUCAUCAGACUCGUCCAGGACUUUGGACUAGAAAGUGAGGUGGCUCAACAUUUGGCUAAUACAUAUGGAGACAAAGCCUUUAAGAUUGCUAAAAUGUCUUCAUUAACUGGAAAGAGGUGGCCUGUGGUGGGGAAAAGACUACAUGAAGAAUUCCCGUAUUUAGAGGCAGAGGUCGUCUAUGCCGUGAGGGAGUAUGCCUGUACAGCCAUAGAUAUCAUUGCUCGCCGGACCCGACUGGCCUUCUGUAAUGCUAAUGCUGCUGAAGAGGCCUUACCCAGAAUUGUGGAAAUCAUGGCAGGGGAGCUCAAGUGGAACAAAGCAAGGCAACAGGAUGAAUUAAGUAGAGCCAAGACAUUCCUGAGGAGAGAGAUGGGACUAGAACUCGGCAGUGGAGCUUCCAAUGUUCCAAUCAAUUUUACCAAAGAUGAGAUCAAUGUGUAUGUCAAGCGAUUUAAGAGUUUGGACAGAGACAAUAAAGGCUACAUAAGUGUAAACGAUCUCCGACGUUAUUUCAAGCAAACUGGGGAGAGAGUUACAGAAGACCAACUCCAUGAUAUUCUUAGUGAAGUUGAUCUCAAUCGCAAUGCCCAGGUGGACAUCGGAGAGUUCCUUCAGUUAAUUUACUGUGCUAAGAUAGCAGCCAAGAUAAAUAGUCAGGAGGAUAAUGAACAAGACCUCCACAGAAAACAUCAGAGGCUGAUGAGUGCAUUGAAAAGUGGAGCAGUUUCCAACUCGCGGUUUGCAAAGGCUGUGGAAAUGUCAGCAGAGAAAAUUCCAGUGGACAGGAGUGGAGGAGGGGUUUAAUGUGAAAUAUGAGAUAGAUAAUUAAUUAUUACCAAUGUUGCACAUGAAAUGAAUGGAUGUAUGUUACCAGUAAACUUUCACAAGCCACGUUUGAUAUUGAUAUAAGUAUGUUUGUUCUAUCCCAUACGUGAACCUAGAGUUGGCAGUGUAAACAUUUUAAAUUUUUGUGCCUCCACCCCCCCCCCUUUUUUUUUUUAAAAGUGUUUUAUGCUUGUCUUUUCUCAUCUCUGUAUGUUUUUGGUGCAGCACUAUAGUUUUUAUUAUUUGCAAUUUCAGCGGUGGUUACAAUUUGAUUAUUUUGACUAGUGAUUUAGAGACACUGUAGAUAGUGUAUGUAUCAAUAAAGUUUUGGUCUUUAGAUACUGUAUAUCAGUUUCCAUUCUGUUCUGCAAAUGCAAUGUACAGUAUAUGUGUCAAGACAUCGUGCAUUUUAGUUUGAAUUCAUUUAAAAAUCUUGUACAAUAUACAUGUUCUGUGACUUUAAAUGAACAAUUUGAAGGUCAGUCUACAUUUUGUGUCAAAUUGAUAUUAAACAGUUUACUUUGCUUUUUCAGAUACAAUGUACAUAUAUGUGCAUGUUUUUGUACCUUUAUACUCUGUGAUCUUGCAAUGCAAAGAAUAUUGACUAUAUUAAGUACAAAACUCAAGUUCUCAUUUGGAUCUUUUCAAAAUAUUCAUUUACCAAUGAUAUCUCAGUACUAUGAACUCAAAUGUAAUAAGAUGAGUGUGUUUUCACUGUCCUGAUGUACUGAGUAUUAUUUCAUUAGAUACGUAUAUAGUAAACCAACCUUAAUUCAUGUGCAGAAAAUAUUGAUGCAAGCACCCUUUACUUGCCGAAGUAUGUAGUUGUGAACUGAUCAAUUUUUAAGUGUGCAUUGAAAGUGUCUCACUUGUGAAAAUUGUUUGUCACAUAACAAAAAAAAUAUUGCAGUUAAUGUCUGUUGUUUUACAGUCGUCCUGACGUUAAUUAUCCAUCCCAAAAUUAAUAAUUUGAAUGUUAAUAUAUUUUACAAGUUUUCUUUGUUUGUUAAGUUUGAACUUUGAAAAUCCAGAGGCUAUACUUCCCUCACUCAGUAAAUCACUCUGUACAACAGUUUAUGCAUUUACUUGGUUAAUAGUUGUACAGUACUGGUCUCAUUUUGGCAUUUAAUGAUAUAUGCAUGUAUUAUGAACUCUAUUUUUAAACUAUUUGAUUAUCAAUGUGAUGUAUUUUUGAAUAUGAAAUAAAUUUAAUUACAUGUAGUUUAAUGUA